GAAGCGACGCUCGUGCGCUCACGCGGCAGUCGGCACCGGUUAACCUCGUAGCGAGACAUGGUGUGCUAGUGUUAUACACGUGAGGGUAGGGGCUCCAGCUGACGCGCGAUUGCCUUACGCCGGUCAGUCGAGUGUGGACUGUGAGCGAGAGGCGCCGCGGCCGCUCGCAGCGACCAGUCACCAGUGAUCAGUGAGUUGUGCCUCGCGCGCACGCAGCAAUGGUAGCCAAGCUCGCGUCGGCGUCGGGCCACGCCGCUCCAUGCCGCUUGCUCCCGGCGGCUGCGCACUCCGUCCUCGCUUCCGUAGUCGUUCCGUCGAAGCAGCGAGCUUCGAUCAAAUGGUUGCUGUCGAAGGCGUUCAACAAUCGAGUGCCAGAGAACCUGCAGGAGCCCUUCUACCGCGACAAUCAGGAGCAGGAACACCUAAAGCCGAGCGUGGCUGGAGGUCUGGCGAGUGCCGAGUUGUACGGCCGCGCGCUGGCAAACAUGUACGCCGACCCUAACUACCACAGCCUGAACCACUGGAACAUUCUGCAGAGCAUCGCCCGCCGCGGAGUGACUCUCCAAGCCCCGCCUGACGGAGCGCUCACGGAGACAGCGCUCAUCCAGACCCACCCGCUGCGGAUGAACGCGCACUUGGCCGUUAUCGAGGGCGUGAUGGCCGUGUACGCUCGCGAAGUGGUGACGGCCGAGCGGGUCGCUGCCGCGACGCAGCGGCUGGGCGCACCGCCCGAACUACCGCCGCCCGCCACGCCCGAGGACCGACUGAUAAGCUGGAUCAACGCGGCAGUCGCCGCCUACAACAGGGCUGAGGACAGCUCAUCGCACGUGAGCUCGGUGCGCAGUCUGCCGGACGUGUGCGAGGGCAGCGCGCUGGCGGCGCUCGUGGCCAGCUACUGCCCCGGCGCGCUGGAGCGGGGCGCCGUGCGGGCGGCGCGGCCCCGCGCCUCGCUGCACGACUGCCUGCACAACUUGCUGCUCGUGCGGGACUUCUGCCGGGACCACCUGCCCUACGACUGCUUCCACAUGCCGCCCGAGGACGUCGCCUACAUGCGCGGCUCGAUGCGGCAGAACCUGGUAGUGAUGCUGGCAGACCUUUUCAACAUGCUGGAGGUGCACCCCGUGAAGGCGGUGCGGAGUCCGGGGAACGCGUGUGCGGCGUGCGCCUGCAGCGUGUGGGGCGUGCGACCCGCGCGACACCUGCCGGCACCCGCACCCGAGCCUAUCCCGCACCUGCGGGACCACGAGCGGCCCCUCGCAGCGACAAGGGGCGCGCGUUCGGCCUGCUCGACGCCUGAGCGGGGGGAGCGGGGGGAGCGAGCGGAGCGCGAUGAGUUCCAGGUGCACCGCGGCAAGGCGAUCACUACGCUGUCCGCCAUGUUGCGCCGCGACCUGGCGCCCGACACCUCCGAAACGCCCGACGCGGGUGUCGUGGGUGCGGCGGUAGCGGCAGGGCGUCCCUCGCAGCUGGGGUCUCGCGAGGGCAGCUUCGCGGGGCGCAGGUCGCGGCGUGCCUCCAUCACGGACGACAGCCAGCUGACGGUGGAGAACUUUGGAGGGUCGUCGGACGCGCUGCACUUCGCGGGCCGCCACCCGGCCAAGGAGCUGGCCACUAUCGACACGCACCUCCCGGGCAGCCUGAGCUACAACCCGCCGCUGCGGUCGUCGCGGCAAGACAUCCGCGGCUCCAUGCACUUCUUGCACGAGGUCAACGGCGCGGAUCAGCCCGCGCCGGCGCCUGCGCCCCCGCUAGCGCCUGCGCCCCCGCCACCACACCCCCAGGCCCGCCAGUGGGACGAGCCCGACGCGCAGGCGCACUCGCCCGCGCUGCACGGUACCUCCAGCUUCGCCGAGCCGCUUCGGCACAAAGCCAACGGAGACCUGAAAGGCGACACGCGAUCUGAGAGGGAAAUAGAGCGGUCGAGCGAGGAGCGAGAGAGGCGGAAAAGCAUGUCGAUGGUGACGUCGCCGGCCGUCACCACGUGGCAGCAGCACUUCGAGCAGCACGACCAGCACAUCAACGGCGGGCAGCUGCCGGCGGAGCUGGACGCGGAGGGCGGCGGCGGUGACACGGGCGGGGCCGGGGGCGGCGCCAUGUCCGCGCAGCUCAACAACAUCCGGCUGAAGCUGGAGGAGAAGCGGCGCCGCAUCGAGCUGGACAAGCGGCGCCUGGAGGCGGCCGUGUCGCGCCAGCGGCAGCAGCUGGGCCACCAGGCCUUCCUGCAGGCCGUCACCAGGGACACAUAUUUACAAUACCAGCUGGCCAACCUGGUGAGUGGCCCCGACUCUUUCUAUUUUUAAAUAUUUCUCACCAUAUUUGAAUACAUUUUUAGUUUCAUUUCUAGAAUUUUCCAAGCUUUGCUCAGGCUUCCAUUCCGACUUUGUUAUUGUGUUUAAUUACAUUACCUUUUUAUGUUAAUAAACUAUCACUCUAAACUUCGAAUCGUUUGAUCGUUUUGCGAUUAGAAGUUUAGUCUUUCGUUUUGAGCUUUGAAGUAAUUUUGCGGUCAGAAUCACAUUUUGUUUGCGAUAUGUACACUCGAAUAUGGCGUUGCUACAUUAGUUUCCAGAAAAAUAUCGAGACUUAGUUUUAAAUACAAUUCAUUAUAUUACGUACAGUACUGUACUUGCCGUAUAUUACAUGUCGACACGUCGAUCACAGCAUGCUUCAUGUUAAUAUUUAUAUAAUAUGUAUCAUUGUAUAUUAUGGGGAAAUAAUGAGUUAUCAUUGACUAUGGUUCUUCAAGUAUGUGCAUCCUUAAAUGUUGCCUUUAUUGUAUAAAUUACCUUAAUAAAAGAUGUUGUAAUAUGAAAAUGUGGGUGGCAGCGGUGCGCUCGGGACCCUCACCCCGCAGAGGUCACAGUGUUACGACACAAUAAUAUUAUUAUAAUUAAUGUCCCAGAGCUGGCACUGUUUGAGUAAUUGUUUAAGAUUAGCCUCUGCGUUUCAUGCAUGAUUGAUACAAUAAAGGCGAGCGCACCGCCUGUUAGGUGCAUGUAAUGGGGGUGUGUUUGUUCUGUUUGUGACGGUGGCGGU